AUUACUUGAUUUAAAAGUUCGAAACUGUUUUUAUUAGCAAUGAACAUUUUGACUAUAGAUUGAAAUAUUUUAUCACACUAUUAUAACAUGUCUGUUACUGGUGAAGUAGUUCAAGCAUUAGGAAAUUCCUGGAUUAUUUGCCGUUCUAAAUCAUACGCUGGUCGUAUUUAUUAUUUCAAUACCUUAACUGGAGAAGCAGCAUGGAAUUUAAGCGAAUCUGAGAUCGAAAAAGCAAAGAAAAGAACAUCAAUGCUUGAAAAUCAAACAGAUUUUCCAGUUGAUAAUUGUCCUGAACCAAUGGAUUCACCUCAAGAUUACCCAAGUGAAAUGCCUCCACAUUCUAAACAUCAUAUACCCACACAUAAUGUCCCAUUCAAAGUGUUUAAUAACCAAAUUAUCAAUAAUCAAUUUCCAAAGCUACCUUAUCAAAUUGCUGCCCAAUUUUCAAACAUAAGUUCUUUAAACCCCAUCCAAUUUAAUAUACCCAUUACUCCAACACCUGGUAUAUGGAAUCUCCCCUCUCACUCUAUGUUUAUUACACCAAAUGCUAUCAGUCAACAACCCAUACUAAGUAACAGCUUAAAUAAUUAUGAUUAUGUGCCAGUUACAAAUACUGCACUCUCUUUAACAAAUCGUUUCACAAGCUUAGAUGAAAAUUAUAAGAAUACAAAACCAUUACAAAGGAAAUUCCAGCUUAACACUGGAAAUACAUCUGGAGUCAGGAAAAAUCAUUUCAGAAACAGAUUUCAUAAUUGGAGUAAUAAAAAGGAUUUACGACUACUUUUAUCAUCUAAGAAAAGAAAACCUGAGAGUAAGAACUACCAUUUUAAAGUUAAUAAUAUUUUAAGUGAAGAGAAAAGAAACAAUUGUCAGUUAAUUUCUUGUGAUGAUGAUGAUGAAAUGUGGUUAGAGGCAAAUUCGAGAAAUCAAAGUUCUAAUGAAUCUUUAGAUAUAUCUUCUUUAAAGAAAGUCCUGCGAGUAGAAGAUAAUUUUAAAGUCUGGUAUAUUGUUACUGAUUCAAAUGUUAUGUUAAAUAAUAUAAAUUUUUUAAACAUCUUGUUAAAUUCAGAUAAUCAAUGUCGUUUGAUGGUUCCUCAAAUUGUUAUGGAGAAAAUACAAAUGGCAACAAAUUCCCGUUUUCGGACUAAUGCACACAGAGCUGCUUAUUUUAUUUCCCAACAAAUCGAUGCCAAUAUUGCAGAAAUUGAUGAACCAAAUUUACAAUAUAAUGAUGAUAGAGAUGCUAUAAUAAACUGUUGUACAAAAUUAGUGGAUCAAGACUACGAAGUGGUCCUUAUAACUGAUAACGUAGAAUUGCAUAAUUUAGAAAAUACACGUUUUCUAGUAUUUACUGUUAGAGAAAUUAAAAAAAUAUUGAUUAAAACCGAAGCACAUGGAUCAGUCAGUAAUAAUUCAAAGGAAGUAACUUUAAACCGAAAAAGAAAUAUAAAAAUUACGAUUUCAAAUGAUUUAAAUAAAAUAAGUUUUGACCCUAUUCAACAAAACAGGCACGAAAUUGGUCCAGUAUCGGUCUCUGAAGCAAGUACUGAUAAAAACAGUUUACCUGAAGAUGAUGCAUCUAUACAAUUACCAGUUGAAGAUUUUGCCCAGUCAAAUAAUAUUCAAAAGAAAACUGAUAAUGUAGCUGUUCAGGCAAAAUCUUCUGAAUUGGAUGCAAUACAUAAAAAUAAUGACCAAAGAGCAGAUAGUUUUCCUUCUAGCAAUACGGAUUUGAAAGCUAAAAGAAUACAUUUAAAGCGUAGUUUGUCACAUGAAUUCAACUCAUCUAAUAAAACCGGAACAAAAACAUUUAAAUGGAAUAAGCGUAGAUCAAAAACUAGUCUCUCAAACAAUUUGUAUCAUUCUAAAGUAAGCAAAAGUGACCAAAUAGAUAUUGGUACAAUGACUAAAGAAAGUUUUCAGCCUAACUGUCAAAAGUCAUGUGGUGAUUUAUCUCUGGAAUCAAUCGAAUCUUUUCGACGUUAUAGUUACGAAGAAAGUAGUGAAUCCAGUAGUGUCGUCGUACGAAAAAAUUGCAGGGAAGGUAAUAUUAUUGAUGAAACAUCUGCAUCGGAAACAUCACAUAUACGUCAUAUUGUUGAUAUGGAAAACGAAAACGAUGAAAGUUUAUCAGAGAGACCAAGCAAAGUCGUUCAAGAACCAUGUGUCUCUAAAAGUUGUGACAAUAAAAACGAAAAUGUAAUGUUUGAAGUAACCAGUAGGGCUAUGGAAGAUAUUUUAAAAAUAAAAUGUGAUGAGUGGAUUUCGCGUUUCGUUCAAAUAAUAGAAGAGGCUAGUACGCAAGUCCUACAACAAGAUCCACCAUUUAUUCUAGACACUAUGCUCCCCCCAUGGACAAUAUACGAAGCAACAGAAUGUAUUAAACGUAAAUUUUCUAACGAUAAUGAUACCGUUGAUGCGGCAAACAAACUAUUAAAUGUCUUGUUUGAGAUUGGUGGUUUGAGAGGUAAAAUUAAAGUAGAUAUUAAUCCUAAUAAAUACAUGGAAAUGUACAGCUACGGGGUGUACCUUAUAGAUGCUUUACAGGGCCUACUAAAUAAUAGUGAAGAUCUUCAGAUUGCUGCCGAAUCCCUAUCAAAGCUAUUGAUUGACAUUCAAGACUCACACUUAAAUCCAGGUAAUCAAGAUUUCUUAACUGAUGAACAUAUUAAUAAUCAAGAUAAGGCAAUCAAAAUUAUUUUACCUGAACAUAGAGUUAAAGAAACUAAAGAACAAAUGUGUAAUAAUACUGAAAUUGCGAGUAAUGAGAAUUCUGACAAAGUUGAUUCUGUGAAAUAUAAUGGAGGUGAAAAUAUUCAAAUAGUUAGUAAUUCAAGUUCUGCCAAAUCAAAUACUCUUUUUAGCUCACCCGGGAAAUAUCAUUUAAGAUCGCAUAGAAAGAAGUUGUUACAGAAAAACGACUUUGUUGAAAACGUAUCCUUCAUUCGAAACAUAGAUUUAGAAUCGUCAUUUUUUACGAGUUUACAUUUAAAAAAGGCUAACAAAGAUAUUAGACCUAAAGUAAAUGACGUGGCUAAUGAAGACAUGAAGGAUCAAGUCGAUGGUGAAAUCGCAAAUUCUGAAAAUAAUUUAGUAAAUGUUAAAGAAAAUGACAAAAUAGAUACAAUGUAUGAAACAGAUCUUGUUAGUAACGAACCAAAAGUUAUUCGAAAUUUUAUUAGGUGCCCUGAAUUUGAAGAGAAAAUAAAAAACAAAUCUAAUUUAGUCUUUGAUAGUUGGACAAAUAAAAAUGAAAACCAAAGUGAAAUGGACUACUCAGAAAAUGAACAAAAUGAUUACGAGUUCCUGGCAGACGAAUAUUAUUGUGGUAAUGAUUAUGAUUAUGAAUCAAUUGAUGGAGAAGAAAUAUCCGGAGAUAAUCUUGAUAAAGAUGAAGAAGGAAAUUUAAACACUUCCAUGAAAAUUCAGAAUAUAAAUUUCAAGGCUAUUAUACAAAAAAUACAACAUAAUAUCCAAGAAGCGUUUUCAUCAGUUCAUGGAUUUUGUGAAAAAUGUUACUCUACUUUGAGUUCAGAUGGAAGUAAUUUUGAAAAGAAUGACAUUCAAAAUUUAGCAGAAAGGACAUAUUCAUAUUUAAAUGACUUAUGCGAUGCACUAACUAGCGUAUUGACCAGAGAAACCAGCAAUUCCGUUUACAAAAUGCAGGAAUUAUUAAAGGUUGAAGAAUUUAAAGAUAUUAUAGUCGAAGAUGGAGAUUUAGAAGGUUAUAGGAAUUUCAUCACCCAAUGCUUAGAACAAGGCAGCAUUUUAAAGGAAUCUGUCAAACUAAUAGUAGAAGCUACCAGAGAAUAAAUUAAUUUGGUUAAUUUUAACACCUAUAUAUAUGCUUGUUUUUUUUUUUUACGGAAAGUGUAUGAAUUAAUUUUUUAUCGAUUGUUGAGAGUUUAAUUAAGAGAACAAUAUGUUAAUAUAUAACAUAAUGCAUUAUUUUAUCUGUUUAAAUGAAACCUGUUAUUCUCUCGAUUAAUGUGAAGAAUGUUAGUAAUUAUUUUUAUAUAUCGACAAACUGUUCUUAAAUGAUAAACAAUUUAUAUUUUUAACUAGUCUUUUAAUAAAUUAAGAUAAAAAACCAUAAA